AUGGGGCAACCACUAACCGCCCUUGUCUGGGCUUUCUUUGGCAUCAUUGCUCUGCUAUCCAGCCGCUCUCAGGCAACGCCCUCUAUCCCAAUGGAGUAUUGUGCCAGAUACAACACUGGUCUCAAGUUUGACCCAUUUGUCAGCGACUUCCAGAGCAUGGGUCGUUGCAGAAUAAACUGCACGGAUCUGAACUUUGCUUUCGCAAUUUUGCUCGAGAAAAAGUGCUGGUGCUCAAGCACCGUCCCUAACAAGGCCGAUCAGAACGACAUCUCGGACUGCAGUUUUCCAUGCCCGGGCUAUCCCGACGAUAUUUGCGGUGGAAAGGGUCCUGUUUAUGGGUAUCUUGAGAUUGCCCAGUUCAAGCCUACAGCAACAGCGCCGCCAGCCUCAUUUUCCACCACCCGACAGCCGUCCAAAACAGCAUCCCCUGAUCAAGUCGUCACGUCGGAACCGGGCGGCGCAGUGGAGACGGUAACCGUUGGAGGCGUCGUCAAAACUGUGACGGCGGCCUUUCCCCAAGCCACCGGCGGGACGGUGCCAAGUUCUAGCAGUGGCCUGCAGGCCGGAGCCGUUGCCGGCAUUGCCGUAGGCAUCAUCGGUGGCUUGUCGGUUCUUGGACUGUUCGUCUGGCUCUUGUGGAAGAAGAGGAGACAAGAAGAGCAGCAGGGAUUUAUCUCACCCAUGAGAGGUGGUAGUGCUUCGGGCAUGGGCUCUAUGGGGUCAAAAGCCCCUCAAGUGACGGAGCAGCCAUUAACAUGGGAGGCCAAACGUCGAAGCCAGCUCAUGCCCAUUGACCCGCGACUCGACCCGUUCUACGUACGCGAUCCGAACCGAAGCCGCGACAGCGUCAACUCCCUACAAGACAACCACGACUAUUCCAGACGACUUGAUGCGCCACGAGUGCUGAGAGCCACCAAUCCAGACCCCGAUUAUUAG